AUUAUUGUGCUAGUCAGAACGUAAGUCGGAACGUGGAAUGAGCUUCCUCUCUCCCUCCCUCUUCCAAGAAGAGGGGUAUAUAUAUAAGGGGAGAGUUAGGGCUAGGGUUUACAUACAAAGACUAAUGGGCCGGCCCAACAGGCUGGGCCGCCCUAAAUAAGUAAUUAAUAAACGACUAACGAGCUUAUCCAACAAACUGGACCGCCCCGACUAAUAUUAUACAAAGACCGGAUACCCCCUGUUCAGGGUAUCUAUCACGAGUCCCCCACUUCCCGAGCCGAGAGGAACUCGAGGUGAAGUGGGAGUAGAACAAAGAUCCACCACGGAAGGACAUCGUCUUCCUUGUUGUCCAGAGUGUAAAAUCAUCAUAAGAGUGGAUGAAUCAGUCGUCAUCUACAGUCCGUUUGUCGUCUUCGAACAUCCUCCCACAAUCCCGUCAAUGUGUGACCCACUCCACGAGGGAUGCCUCAUUUAAAACUUGCCGAGGAAAAAACCCAUGAGAAUGGGAAAAAAUCAUCGGUCAAGAAAAGAGUACAUCUCGUCCCACAGAGUGGAACAAGAAAACAUUGAUAGGGUGCGAGGUCUUCUCUGUGAAUCUCAGAAUAUGUGAUCUUCGAGUCCCCCAGACUCGUUGUCCGGAGUCGAGGGCUGUUCGACAUAAUGGAUUGCCGACGAGUGCAUGUCGAACCGGAUUGCUGCGGUCUGAUACAAGGUUGGGAUGAUUUGGGCUGCAGUGACCCACUCCACGAGGCCGAGCUUGAGCGGCUGAGGCCGAGCUUGAGUGCCUGAGGCCGAGCUUGAGUGGCUGAGGCCGAGCUUGAGUGGCUGGGCCGAGCUUGAGUAGCUGAGGCCAAGCUUGAGUGCCUCACGAGGUGGGGGCAUGUGUGCCUCGUGAGGUGGCCGAGGCCGAUCUCGGCUUUCUCAUCCUUCUAACCUGCAAAAUAAGUUCAAAAAAGAAUACAAGGCGCUCGCGGGCUCGGGCAGACCGGUCACCACGCAGCUGAGAAAAGUAAGUCAACAUAUGAGUUGAGUCCAAAGUUUUGGACAAAAGAUAGGCAUAAUCAACAAAGUGCGCUGAUCGUGUGGUAGUCUGGUCUAGAACAAACCUUGAUGUCAUCCUUAGUGAGACCGGGGUCUUCAAAUGAGAGCUGCUCGGGUAAGUGAGAUAGGCACAAAGGAUGCACCCCUCGUCUUAGAUCCGAGAGGAAAUAGUUCACGUCGUGGAAGACGGAUAUAUAGGAGUGCGUCGAGAUGGACGGCUUACCUCGGCCUCGCGAAUAGUAUCGCCGUGGAUGAUUUGGAGUGCCUCGCGGGGAGGGCUUACCUCAGCCUCGUAGAAGAGGAAACAAAAUCGCGUCAUGGGAGACGAAGGGGAGUGCGUCGCGGCGGGUGUCUUACCUCGGCCUCGUGGAAGAGGAAAUGAGAUCACGUCGUGGAAGACGGAUGGGAGUGCGUCGCGGUGGACGGCUUACCUCGGCCUCGCGAUAAUAUCAUCGCGGACGAUCUUCAACACCUCGUAGAGAGGUUUUACCCGGCCUCGCUAAGGAAUGACUAAAUGAGUUGGAUCUGAGCCAUGCUCUGAGGCAGGUCGCUGGCCUGUGUGGGGUGUGAGAUUAAGCUUCGCACCCGUCCCACAUCAGGGCUUAGGGGCUGUUUGGCAACUUCUGAAUGGGUAAGUGCUGAACCAGUAAGAGGUCUGAAUCAUUAAAUGCUGAACCAGUAAGAGGUCUGAACCAUUAAGAGCUAGUAUAUUGCUUAACUAUUCAGAGGCAAAUGUCUGAUCAAUUCAGAUAACAGCUCUUAACCAUUCAGACUCUGUAUAAUACUUAACCAUUCAGAGGCAAAUCUCUUAACCAUUCAGACAUCUGAACCAUUAAGAGGCUGAAACAAACAGUCUGAACCAUUAAAUGCUGAAUCAUUCAGAUAUCUGAACCAUUAAGAGGCUGAAACAAACAGCCCCUUAAAGUGUUGAACACAAAGUAUAAUACCAUCGUCCAAGUGAGGUCCGAUCACAUGUGAUGGACAAGGUAAUGGUGAAAAUAACGAAGUAAAUGAUAGGAAUUACCAUAUUGAUAAUACGGUAAAAAAUAAUACUUCCUCUGUCCACCAUAGAUCUUCCCAGACACUAUUCACAGGGUCAAACUUUACUCACUUUAUUUACUCAAUUUUACUAGUCAUUUCAUAAAAUAAUAUAGUCUUGUCACCUCUAGUUUUGUAGAACUUUUCAUGUAGUUUAUUACUAUAUAAAUUUUAUUUUAAAAUUUUACUUCUAUAAUCAAUUAAAUUCAAUUGAAAAUAAAGUCGGUCAAACUUCGUAACGCGUAAUGAGAAGAUAAUACAUGGACGGAGAGAGUAAUAAAUAUGGAAUAGUUGAAAUGAUGGUUAAGGGGUAAAGAGACUUAUCUCUUUUUUGUUGCUGUGCCGUCCAUAAUUGAGAUCUACCAUGUAGAUGUAAAGGCAGACACUUGCUUCACGGGUUUGCCCAAUUCCGUGUGGGGUCCACCCAACACACCACCAUAAUCAAUGGACCAUAUCAUAAAAAGAUAUUUCAAAG